GGGGCGGGUGAGGCCGCGGCAAAGAUGGCGGCCGGUUACCUGAGCUCAGCGCUCGAGCACUUCAGGAGCAACGGGCGGACCAAGGAGUUCCCGGCGCACGCCGCCAAAGUCCACUCGGUGGCCUGGAGCUGCGACGGCCGCAGACUGGCCUCGGGCAGCUUCGACAAGACGGCCAGCGUGUUCGUGCUGGAGAAAGACCGGCUGGUUAAGGAAAACAACUAUCGUGGACAUGGUGACAGCGUGGAUCAGCUCUGUUGGCACCCAACUAACCCCGAUCUCUUUGUUACCGCUUCUGGAGACAAAACUGUCCGAAUCUGGGAUGUCCGAACAGCAAAAUGUGUUGCUACUGUCAACACUAAAGGGGAGAAUAUUAACAUCUGUUGGAGUCCUGAUGGCCAGACGAUAGCUGUGGGGAACAAGGACGAUGUGGUCACAUUCAUAGACGCAAAAUCGCACCGAUCGCGGGCGGAAGAGCAGUUUAAGUUCGAAGUGAACGAAAUCUCCUGGAACAAUGAUAAUGACAUGUUCUUCCUGACCAAUGGCAAUGGCUGCAUCAAUAUACUCAGCUAUCCUGAAUUAAAACCGAUUCAGUCCAUCAAUGCACAUCCUUCCAACUGCAUCUGCAUCAAGUUUGACCCAACAGGGAAAUAUUUUGCGACGGGGAGUGCCGAUGCACUGGUCAGCCUUUGGAGCGUGGAUGAACUGGUCUGCGUGAGAUGCUUCUCCAGACUUGACUGGCCUGUAAGAACAUUAAGCUUCAGUCAUGAUGGGAAAAUGUUAGCAUCAGCUUCAGAGGAUCACUUCAUAGACAUCGCUGAAGUGGAAACUGGUGAGAAGUUGUGGGAGGUGCAGUGUGACUCUCCUACCUUUACCGUAGCCUGGCACCCCAAACGGCCACUCCUUGCCUUUGCUUGUGAUGACAAAGAUGGCAAGUAUGACAGCAGUCGGGAAGCUGGCACUGUUAAACUCUUUGGAUUGCCCAACGACUCCUAAACGGACUUUUACUGUAUCACACACAUGGCUGCAGACUCAUCCCAACUGCCAACACAUCUGAUCGCUUCACGCAUAACGGAUGUGGGAACGAAACCGGAUUGCCCAAGGGACUCAAAUUUAUGUAUUUAAUUUCCGUGUGAUGAUGUGGAACGAUUUUUUAAAAAUAAAUAAACUUUUUAUAUUCUA